CUUCUGAUCCUGCUUUCAUGCACAGGUGGGAGAGAUACUCAGAGUUCUAGAGAGAGAAAAUGAGGUGAAUUGUGGCUUCUGAUGACUCUCUGCGUCAAGCCCAGCUUAGCUCUUUUCUUUCUGCUUUCAAAUUCAGUCUGAUUUUCUCUUUACCGUCACUGUUUUCUCGGGAAAAUAUCAGAGGUGAUCGUAAACUCUUGCAUUUUUUUCAAUAAUUCCAGUUGUUUGAUGCUAUAAUUCUCUCCCUUUACUGUGAUAAUUUGCAAAGAAGAUACAUAAAUUAGGCUGUCUGGUUGUUGGGUUCUGUUUCUCUGUGGGUAAUUCUAGUGUUUUGAGCUCUUCAAAAUCUUGUUUUCUCUCCAAACUUUUCACAUCCCUCUGAAAAUUCUUCUGGGUGUUGCAGAAAAUUUGUUAUAAUAGUGAAUUUCUGCUAGAAAUAGGGAAGGGUCUUCGAUAGUUGCGAGAAUUCUCCAUUGAAUUGUCGAAAUCAUGUUGCAUACAAAAUCAGAGUCCGAUAUCACUAGUUUAGCCCCAUCUUCUCCUUCUAGGUCCCCCAAGAGGCCAGUGUACUAUGUACAAAGUCCUUCAAGGGACUCCCACGAUGGGGACAAGUCUUCAUCAAUGCACGCCACUCCAAUCUAUAAUAGUCCUAUGGAGUCUCCUUCACACCCUUCUUUUGGGCGCCACUCUAGGAACUCUUCUGCCAGUAGGUUUUCAGGGAUUUUCAGGUCUUCUUCAGGGAGGAAGGGGAGCAGGAAAAGGAAUGAUAAGGGGUGGCCUGAGUGUAAUGUGAUUGUGGAAGAGGGGAAUUAUGAUGAACUUGAGCACAAGGGGUUCUCUCGGCGGUUCCAGGCCUUGAUUGCUCUCACUAGUUUUGUUCUUCUCUUCACUGUCUUUUGCCUGAUUAUAUGGGGAGCAAGCAGGCCUUACAAAGCUGAGGUUACCGUGAAGAGCUUGACAGUGAACAAUAUCUAUGCUGGGGAGGGCUCAGACUCCACUGGGGUCCCAACAAAGAUGCUGACACUGAAUGGAUCAUUGAGGAUCAGUGUGUACAACCCUGCUACAUUGUUUGGCAUUCAUGUCAGCUCCACCCCCAUCAAUCUUGUCUACUCAGAGAUUGUUGUCGCAACUGGCCAGUUAAAGAAAUACUAUCAGCCCAGAAAGAGUCGAAGGACGGUGUCGGUGAUCCUGGAAGGAACCAAGGUCCCCCUAUACGGGGCUGGAUCGAGUUUAGCAGUCUCCAACAACAACAAUGUGGUUGAGUAUCCAUUCACAUUAGAGUUUGAGAUCAAAUCAAGGGGAGAUGUGGUGGGGAAGUUGGUGAGGACUAAGCACAAAAGAAAAGUGUCUUGCCCCCUAGUCAUCGACUCUAUCAGGACAAAACCCAUCAAGUUCAAGAGGGAUACAUGUACAUACGACUGAUGAUAUCCAUUCCAUGAGUUAAGAAUCCGGCUUCUAGCAGAACAACUUUCCAUUUGCGUGAAACCUGCGUGAUUGAAUUGCGGCGGUAUAGCCGUAUAGAUAUAGCUAUGAAGAGUUUAUAUAUAUGAUUCUCCUGUGGGGCUUUUGCAAAUAAAAAUAUAUAUGUGUUCUUCAUAGUUGUGAUGUGUUUAUGAACUUGAUAUGCUGUUAGUGUUUUCUAUGCAAUAGAUGAGAAGUAUAUUUUCCCCUGUUUUGAACACA